UUUGGAAUCUGUAAUAAGCUUACACUUCCAAUCUGAUAAGGACUCCACAAUGAACAAUGAUGAUCAUGACGAGAAGACAGUCAUCAAAGAUAAAAAGUACAAUCUAGACAUGCUGAGAGAUUUGCAGAGUAAACUGAUGCUGGUUGCUGGGAAAGCUGAACAAGGAAGAGAUGCAGUCGAAAGAUUUACAGAGAUUCUCUCAGGAAUUGUACAAUUAGCCGAUUUAUACAUAAAGUUAUGUGCCGCAGGUAAUGUGCUAUUCUCAGAAUGGAAAGCACUUAUUUACUGUGGUAAGAGAAAAGUAUCUGUCAUGGUUGACUUUGGUUUUGGUGACUCACAAGACUUAAUGGGAACAAAAGAUGUAAUAGUACAACUAGAUGAAUUAUGUCAUUUUAUGGAAAACUGUCUUAAAGAGUGGCUUGAAUAUGUGGAGGAGAAACGCUCUGAGAUAUAUCAAUUGAAUUACUUCACAACUGAACAGCUUGUGAUUCUAAGGCGUGAGUUGUCUAAACUGAUGUCGAAUGAAAAAGAAAUGGCUGCUGGUGUGUAUACUUUGUUGGCUAGUUUAAAGGACAGUUGUACUGAAUCAGAUGUGAAAGAAGCUCUGAAUGCUGCAUUCAUGGAAGUUGGUUCUCAAAAUUAUCAGGAGGAAAUGGAAAUGGAACCCAUAGAAGUUAAGCCUGAGCUGGAAAAGAUGACGGACAUGCCAGAGGAAUGUGGGGUGGAUCUGAAGAAGGUUAAGGCAAUUCUGCAAGAAUUGGUAGAUGAAGGCUUAUCAGAAGUUCAAGCCAAAGCAGCAAUGCAAGCAUGUGGUCCAGCAGUUGAUAUUGAUGAUGCAAUGGCCUGGUAUUAUCAAAACAUGCAAGAUGAAAAACUGAUGGCAAGGUUAUGCAAAGAAUGGGAAGAUGAUAUGGAAAUGAAGUUGUUUGGGAAUGGGUUGGAAAACUCUACACCAGCAGCAGAGAGAGCAUCACCUACCAUACCUAAUGUCCAAACACCAAGUGUAACUACAACUAGUGGAUCACUGGUGGAUUCCUCACACCAGGCUAAACAAGAAAAGAAAGUCAGAUCUCUCAGUAAAAUUACAAGCUCACUUGAUUUAAUCAAGAAACUGCAACAACUUUGGAAAGAUUACCAGAUUUCACUGACAGCUGUAAGCCUUGAAGACUAUCUGAGUUUGGAACAUCUUGGCCAUACGCUACAAUAUCUUGCUACUAAAGAUCCUGUUGAACUUAAUAGAAAUUUCCCAAAGUAUUUAAACACUGGAAAACCAAAUCUUGUGGUGAGACGCAAGGAUGAAAUUUUAAGAGAUGUGCUUUCUAUAUAUAUGGCUGAUAAAGAUAAACCAUUGCCUUCUUAUGAUGAAGUCUUGAUAUGUACACCACAAACCACUCUGGAACAAGUUGUGUUACUAUGGCGACGUGCUAUGUUUGACAAUUCUGGUAAAAUUUACUGUUUGGUGAAUGCUGAUCAGUUGGACUAUGAUAUAAGUACGACUGCUGAAGUCAAGCGCAAUCAACUCACACAGGACACUCGCAGGAAUACAG